UCACAAUUCUCGCGAUGUUAGGUAGAUAGUCCCUUCGUUAUAGCCUGUGUUACCCCGUGUGCUCUUCCUUUUCCAAGAUGGCUCCGAAGGUGAAGAAGGAAGCUGUCUCGGUCAAAACUGAAGCCAAGUCAAAGGCUUUGAAAGCAAAGAAGGCUGUAUUAAAAGGAGUGCACAGCCACCGGCAAAAGAAGAUCAGGACCUCUCCUACCUUCCGGAGGCCUAAGACCCUCAAGCUCAAGAGGCAUCCCAAGUACCCAAGGAAGAGUGCGCCUAGACGGAACAAGCUGGACCAUUAUGCAAUUAUCAAGUUUCCUCUGACAACCGAAUCUGCCAUGAAGAAGAUAGAGGACAAUAAUACCCUGGUGUUUAUUGUUGAUGUAAAGGCCAACAAGCAUCAGAUCAAGCAUGCCGUCAAGAAAUUAUAUGACAUUGAUGUGGCCAAGGUCAACACUCUCAUCAGGCCUGAUGGUGAGAAAAAAGCAUAUGUACGUCUUGCACCAGAUUAUGAUGCCCUGGAUGUUGCAAACAAAAUUGGCAUCAUCUAAACCUGUUCUUGAAAUGUACAGAUGAUAAUAAAAUUUGUAAAAAUUAA